GAAAUGAGGGAGGCAAGAGAUAUCAGAAUCUCAAGGGCGAUGAGUUGGAAUGGAUUCGGAAAACCGGCUAUUAAGUGUGGUGCGCCUCAGUGGUGCGUCUCAGUGGUGCGUCUCAGUGGUGCGUCCGGCGCUGAGAACUCUCGCUCGCACGGUUUGCCACGACAUGCCACAUUAAUACCCUGGCGCCGCUAUCGCCACGGAAAAUCCUAUAUAACCGAGAGAAAAUGCCACUCAAGACCUGCUCGCAUCAUUAAGAUGCCGUUCGAGGAUGCCACCGUGGGCUCAGAGCCAGAAUCUGAAGAAUCAUUUAUUUUCGCCAAUAAUGGCGAAGUGGAUAUGGCGGAGGUCGAAGAUAACGACAACUCUGUCAGCACCGGGCCAAUUGAGCGCAUUACCAACACUCUACAGCAGUUGAUUGAAAGAUUUGAAAGGCUUCAAAUGGAAGUAGAAAACCGCAAAAUGCGCCCUAGACAGAGGAGGAAAGCAAUUGCGUUUGACGAUCAAAUUUCGACUGAUGGGGACACGGAUAUGGAGAGCACAUCAGUUUUCGGCUCCACCGGAGCAUCUUCCGAGAUUAAAUCAAUCAAAAAAACGAUGCGCGAAUAUGCACGAGAGCGUCUUGGUAUCAGCCCCAAAAUCCCUAUGGAAGAUUGGCCAGUUCCGGAUCCUUCUGCUGUCCAGAGCUAUAACUCGAAAUUGCCACACAGUCAAGGUCCAACUGAGGAAGACCUUGCCAUAGACUGGGGAACGAUUGGUCGCACUCAGUGGACCAAAGACUGCAUUAGCAUAUUUGCUGAUGACUUUUGCGCCCGGUUUGAAGCUGGGGCGUUCCCCCUUCUUCAGAUGGAUGAAAUUAAUAGACAAGACAUCAAAGUAUUCUUUGCUACAUACAUCAUUGGCUUGAAACGCAAAUAUAAGAAGGCGAUGGAUGAUCCUGAGGCCGCAGAGGAAGAACGGGAGGCUGCGAAUCGGCGCUCGCGUUCUUCCGGUAGACAGACACAACUACUCGAGCAUCAUAGAUUCUCCGAAGAUGUCAUUAAUAUGGUCAGGGAUUUGGGUCCAAGUGGUAUGUCUAGCGAAGAGUCUGAGGGGGAGAUCGGUUCCCAAGGUCGCAUAUUCAAGAUUAAGAGACUCCAGUGGC